AUGCCGACUACACGCAGACAGGCUGCAGCACAGCAAGCUGGCGACGUCGAGCGCAAGCAAGCGCCUCGCACCAGGAAGACAUCUACAAGGAAGAAGGAAACCCUGAGAGAGAAUGCGCAUGACAAAGCUGCUGCGGCAGGUGAAAAGCGAGAUGCAGAACCGCAGGAACCGCAGGACGAAGAAUUGAAGAAGGAAGAGCCUCCUGCCAAGAAAGCUAAGACUGUGGAUGCCGAAGAUUUCGAGACAAAUGGGGAAGACGGUGUGAAGGAGGAGAGUAAGGGCGAUGUCGACUUGGAAGCCAAGCAGGAACAGAACAGCGCAGACACGCAGGCUGCCAAAGAUCAUCCAGCAGCGCAUACAUACCAGACUGGCACCAUCGAACGCGGGCACAUAUACUUCUUCUACCGUCCCAAGGUCGAACUUGAGGAAGCCCACUCGAUCGAUGACGUGCAGCGCUUCCACAUUCUGCUUAUUCCACGCCAGCCGGAUCUCAGCACUGCCUCGUCCGAGCAGCCCGCGAAGACGGGUGAGGCCAAGAGCGAAGACCAAGAGAUGACGUUGUCCUCCCAGGGCGCGGACGCCGUGCCUGCGCACGAGCCCACGAACGAAGAGAAGAAGCCCUUCCGCCUGCUUGUCGUCGGCAAGAAGAGUCUGCCAGAUCCCGAAGAGGGUCGCGGGAGAAACAACAUAUUUUGGGCGACCACCGUGACCGUGGGCGAAAAUCUUAAGAAGCUGGAAGAAGGGCUUGGCCCCAAGCAGUACGAGACGAAGACGCGGGGAACGCGCCACCAGGGCCCUGCGCGGCUCGCCGCUCGUGGCGCCUACGCCGUCGUCAACAAGGAGGCCCGCAUACCUUCACAGCGUGAGACCCACUUCGGCUAUUACCUCUCCCAUCCUACGCCCGAGCACUUCGGCGAAAUUCAGGAAGAGCUAGGCAUUCAUGCCGCAUCGUCGUUUGUACUGCAAGUGAAGAAUCCGCUCGCACCGCCGACGGGGCCCGGACGCGUUGGGCUUCCCAAGAAUCGUGCAGUGGAUUACCCUGAUGACAUCAUGACUGAGGUGUUCGGAAGGGGAGGCGGCAGGGGCAGGGAAGACUUUGGCCUACGGUUUGCGAGCGUCGAGCGAAAACAGAUGCUGGAUUACGAAGGAGUAGAGCUGUUGUUCAUUGCUGCCAGAAGCGGCGACAAGGGUUUGGAGCAAAGUUUAGGCGAAGGUAGAGGCAUAGCAUUGACCGAAGCGGAAGAGAAGGAAUCGCAAGAGAGCAUACAGCAGGUGUUCGAGGAGCUGUCUAUGGACUCGGAUAAAAUCCCUGCGGACCCCCUGGAGGGUAUGUGGGCAUAA